ACUUGCACGCUGCCGGGCUGCCGGCAGUAGCCGUCGUCCCCCAAGCCAAUCGUCCUACGCCGGCGAACACCGGACUAUCUUCGCCGUCCUACGCCGCCGGCGGGCUACCCGUAGCAUAUGUGGAGAGGCUCCCCAUACUCGUACGCCCACCUGGAGCGCCUCCUCCAGAAUCACUUCUCGGCUCCUCGCUGCCUCUUCCAGGUCCACGCCCUCCUCCUUACCUCCGGCGCGCUGUCCGCCUCCCACGCCUCCGCCGCCGCCGCGUUCCCCUACAACUGCCUAAUCCACGCCCACCUCCGCCUCCCCGCCACCUCCUCUACCCCGCUAUGCGCCCCGCUCCGCCUCUUCUCGGCCAUGCUCGCCGCCGGCGCGCGCCCCAACGGCCACACGUUCCCAUCCCUCCUCAGGUCCGCCUCCGCCUCCGGCGCAGCCACCACGGCUCUGCACGCGCAGUGCCUCCGCCGCGGGCUCACGACCGAUCGCUUCGUCGCCUGCUCGCUCGUCAGCUCCUACGGCCGAGCCGGCCGUCUGCCGCAUGACGCACGCAAAGUGUUUGAAGAAAUGGGGAGCCCGGACCUGGCCUCCGCUAACUCCAUGCUUGAUGUGCUGUGCAUCGCCGGGGACCUGCCCUCGGCUAGGGAAUUCUUUGAGCGGAUGGCGGAGAGGGACGUGGUGUCGUGGACGACGCUCAUCUCCGGGUUAUCGAGGAACGGGUGCCACUGGGACGCUGUCGAGGCCUUCAGAGGACUGCUAGCGGACAACAACAGCAACAGGGCACGUCUCGGGGAGGCCACGCUGGUCAGCGUGCUCUCAGCCUGUGCUAGCUUGGACGGCGCCGAGGGGCUCGCGGCCGGGAUGUCUGUUCACGCCUACGUUGUUCGGCAUGGGGUUCACCUCACAGCUUUCUUGGGCACGGCGUUGAUUAACGUGUAUGGCAAGUACGGGAAGCUUGGCUGUUGCAAGACGGCUUUUCAGCUUGUGUGCGAUAAGGAGGUCUGUACGUGGAACGCGCUGCUAUCUGCGUUGGCUAACCAUGGGAAAGAGGCUCAAGCACUGGUUAGUUUUAACAUGAUGCUAGUCGGAGGGUUCUUGCCGAAUCACAUCACAUUUCUUGCUCUACUGACAGGCUGCGCUCGAGCGGGGUUGGUGGAGGUUGGGUUAUACUGGUUCGAGGCGAUGAUGGCUGAGUACCAGGUGGCUCCGACGAUGGCCCAUUAUGGGUGUGUUGUGGAUCUCCUAGGCCGCGCUGGACGUUUUAUGGAUGCCGUUAAGACUAUUGAGAGGAUGCCCUUCAUGCCUGAUGCUUCUGUGUGGGGCGCGCUUCUUGGUGCUAGCAAGCUCCAUGGAAACGUAGAGCUCGUUGCUGAGAUUGGGCGCAAACUGGUGGAUCUUGGCCCUCGGCAAUCCGAUCGGUAUGUGACUAUUAGGAAUAUUUAUCUAGAAGAUGGGAACUGGCAUGCUGCUACGAGAAUGGGUGAGGUCAUGCAUGAGGCUGGGAUCAAGAAGACGGCAGGGCAAAGUAGUGUUGUCUUCCACAGCACCGCCAUUCCAUGACUACACUUUUUUUGAUGCAAAUAUUGCUCUUCUGGUACUACCAGUUGUUUCUGAUGUCUCGCCCCUCUGGAGGAAGAAAAUAAUCCAUAAGAGUAAUCAUGCUCAAGCUCAUAACAAUUAUUUGACGCACUGAAGAAUCAGACUUUUUAUUCAGUGAAUCGGGUGCUUGAAAGCUCAAGUUACUCUGCUCCACCAUUGGUAUAAUCACUCUCAACAAUUUUAGGUACAUGUGGCCAAUAACUAGACGCCAAAUUGAAACUGUAAAUAGUUUGUGUGUCCUACAUGGCACUUGACCCACCCUAGGCGCACCUAACCCAUCACAACUGAAUCUCACCAAGAGAAAUUAAUGGUGGCGUGUCAGGUGCUAUGUAGGAAACGCCAGCAAUUUAGUACCUGCGAUUUGGUGCUGAGUCAUCAAUCGCAUGUACCAGGCAUGUUGGUCCAACUUGUCACAAUAGAGAGGAAAUCAUAAAUAUGGUAAAAUGUGAGACACUGAUAACCAAGGGAUAAAAUGAGGCAAGACAUUUUAAAUGGAUUAAAACCUGUUACCAGUGUAGAAUUAAUGGGUAAAAGGUUUACCUCACCCUUUUUUUUAAUUAUUAUUCUGUUUAGAGUUACAUCAACUGUUCAAGAUAGAUUCUUUGUAAUGGCCUGUAUAAUCAGAAACAUGAAAAUUCUAUCAACCAUUGGCUGUAUUUUCAAUUUCCAUUUACCAUAAAGUUCCGAAAUGAGAUCAAUACUGCUCGUCCAGUGCCAUGCUGGUGCUUAGUUUCUCUUCGGCAUCUUGUAUGUUAGUAUAAAUUCAGAAUUGCAUAUCUAGAUUGCACCGUUUUUAUAUGACAGUGGUAGAUGUGCCAGAUUUGUGUUGCAUUUGAAAAUACAUUAUAUGUGCUAUUAGCCUGCAGUCUUUCAGAGUCCCAGUUUGUAGGGUUUCGUCUAUUCCUUUUGAGCUCACUUAUCGAAUUCCUUGUUCUGGAUUGCCUUGGUCUUUUGCUGCCAUAUUUUUUUGCCUUGAUUUUCUCAAAUGUGUAGUCCUUUGCCUUCAUCUCCUGCUGUUGCAUAUGUCAUGUCUUGACUUUCUCAAAUGUAUAAUAUUUUAACAAUUUUUGAGCAGUUGCAUGAGCAUCAGUGCAAGUUUAAAACACAUCCAUCAAUGUAAAAAAUAAAUUGACUGAAGACUUGUUUGAUCCUAGAGUUUAGAAUGCUUCCAAAUUGAAGUCCCUACUUAAAACCUUGGCAGAUUUUUAAAAUUAUAUGCACUGUAUGCUUAUAAUAUGAGUUUGUACUGUCAGACUGUCACACAAUGUGGCUAGCUAUGUCAGUAAUGCCACAUUGUUAUAAUAACCUUCCAAUAUUGGGUGUGGCUGGUGCUUGAAUUGAAAAUGACAAAUCUCAAGGCAAGAUUAUUUUAAGAUUAUGUGUGCCCCUUGGCAAAGUGGUGUUUUGGGCAGUUUAAAGUAACGCAGUUAUUUAAACAGGCUGCAUUUGAGCAUUGGAAGAUUAGUGCUACCGGCACUGUGUUUUAAAAUUAUGGCACUUAUGUACUUCAAAGCAUGACUGCUUGUAUUAUUGUUCUUAUUUUUUCCAACAAGGUAUUUACAUCUCCUCAGCUUUGUAAGGCUAGACUUUGAUAAUACUAUGAUUCACGAUCAACGGAAAAUGGAACUAACAUUUCUGUCACAAGUUAGCCAUUCACCUCUCAACAUUGUGGUUUAUGCAAUGUGGUAUAGUUAAUUGUAGAGAUAAUUAUAUGGGAGUGUGGUUUAAUAUUGUCAUAAUUUCGUAAGACAUAUUUCUACACUACCUGAGCAUUGAAAUAAAAAAUCCAAAUUAUGCAAUAUUCGUAAUCGAGAAAUAAAAAAUAGUCAUGGUAAUAUCCGAAUCCGAACAAUCAUUAAAAUGAAUGUGGUAAAUAUCUAGUAGAUUUUUUAUAAAUACAAAAAAAUGUGGUAUUAGAUUUUGAACCAAAUGUAGAUAUGGAAAUGGAUAUAUAUGUAUCCAAAUAAAAUCAUGUAGCCUAUUUAGAUAAUUAUAUCCCGGUAUGCCAAUUAUUCAACCAAAAAUACUAACAUAGUGGUCAAAUUUAUAUUUUACUAUGAUUCAACAUGAAACUAUUGUGUAUUAUAUCAUUUCAUAUAUAAUUGACUCAAGACUAUUAUUUUGUUGUCCUUAUCAUUCCAUAUUGAUAAAACAUCCGAUCCAUGUUCAUAUUCGAGCAACAUUCACCCACAUUCGUAUUCGACAACAUCCAUAUCUGUUUUUUAAAAUAUGAAACUGAAUAUGAGAAGGGAACUAUCUGAUCCGUUUCCACGUCCAACAGGGAGGCAUGCCAGUGAGGGGGCAGUAAGCCAGUCUUAGGCCUCGUUUACUUCUCUGGUUUUUGCUGGGUUUGGCGAGUUUUUUCCCGGCCCACCCCACAAUCCCCAAAGUUCCCGGAAAGGCCGUUUACCUCUCUUGUAUUUUCGAGUUUAAUCCCGGCCCAUCCCGGAACUUCCACCCGCAGGCCGCUCCCAACUCGUGUAUUCUCACACACGAGCCCUACCUCGUGUAUCAUCGAGGAACGAAGCUCCCAGCUCGUGCAUGUCAAGGACGGAGGCGGAAGGGACCAAGGGCGACGGCGCGGACGCCGACCUGGGAACGCCGCCAACCGACUCCUCCUCUGGCUACGCCGUGGACUUCUCUCUGGUGAUUUACCAUGCCAUCUCAUUCCCUCCCCUCCCUUAGACCCCGGCGUCCGCCUCAGGUCUGGUUGAGUACUCGAUCUGGUUCUUCGGAGGCUGGGUAGAGGAGAGAGGUACCAGAGACAAAUGGCAGGGUGGAGGUGGAACGGAGGGACCUGGGUCGGCCAAGCUCCUGGCUGGAGCAGCACGAGAUCCCGUGGCCAAUAUCUAAACUGCCUAAGUUGCCAUGUCGAUUUCCAGAUGCAAACUUGAUUGAUCAAAGCUUAGUUUACAAGAUUUGUUAGUAUGAGUGUAACUAAUUAUUUGUUUGAACUGAGUGAAGUGUGCAAAUAGAAAGAACUAAACUGGGGAGUACUGACUUGGGAGUUUAGCUGCUGGUAUACAAAUGACUAGUAAGUGCUGUGAUUUGUUCAUGUAGAACUCUAUAUUUGACAUUCAUAAAUAAAGCUACUGAUCCACAUUUGCAGAUUUGUUCACAUGAAUGCUAUUUUCUUGUUUGCAACAACAAAUACCGAAUGCUCUGCUCAGCUUUGCAAGAACUACUUUUAUGCUUUAGUUUUUGUUUUGGCUAAUGUUGCUAUUGGAUUAUCUUGCUAUACUUUCGAACUUAAACUGUGCUACUUGUUCCUAUUGUAAACACAGAGCAACCUUGGUCUAUAUUGUUCCUAUUGUAAACAAAGAGCAACCUUUAUCUAUAUUGUUCCUUAAGCAAGCUAAGAGCAACCUUGAUCUAUAUUGGGUGCACCAAUACUGCUCAUUCUUCCCAUGUUUCUGGCUCUCCAUCUCCAUCAUUUCAGAACUGAAUCAAGCUCUGCUGAUGGGCAGCUUGUCCCCAAAUCCAAAAUGUGCGAUGACCUGACUCUUCAAAAUGAUUCAACUGGUUCAAAUACUGAGGGGUAUUUCUCACAUUCUGUUUAGUGAAACAAGUAUUUUCUUACUUGUAGUUCUGGUUCGCGUACAAUUGCAGCUGGCAGAAUGAUGUAACUGUAGUUUCUGAACCAGAGGAAUUUGCACACAGGUUUCUGCAGUGUGCCAAAACAAGCUUUUGCAUCUCCUCUUA